UUGUCCUAAUUGAUUUAAUUGUUUAUAAAAUAGGUUUUCAGAUAGCCGUAAAGCUAUUUGACUCAGUCUAAGUAGAUGGGCGAUCAUGGAUUUAUUACGGUUGCUGUGUAUGAUCGCAUUAUGGACUUCUAGAGAUUUAUUAGGUCUGAGUCAGAAUUGUCGAAGAGAUCAGUGGCAGUGUGAUGAUGGAGCAUGCAUACCAGCGUCCUGGCGCUGCGACGGCAUAGGAGACUGUCUAGACGGCUCUGACCAGAUAGACUGCGCAUGCCCGGCGUUUCUGUGUUGGGAUGGCUCCAGGUGCGUGAACCAUUCCCUAGUCUGUGAUGGCCAUCCAGAUUGUGAUGACCACUCGGAUGAGGGGGAGUGUCUCGCAGGCCCUGGGUGUCUCUCCAGUGAAUGGCGGUGUAGGAAUAAAGCGUGCGUCUCCCAAGCCUCCAUGUGUGAUGGGAAAAAUGACUGCACAGACAACUCUGAUGAAGAAAACUGUGAUUUAAAAAUGGCUUAUGCCACAUCUACAAGUGUAUAUAUGCUGGAGUUGAAGAGCAACCUUGCGAAGACGUUGGUCUUGACUUCGAAUGAGGGCAUCCAGUCAUUUGACAUCGACUGGAAGUGGAAGUGGAUCUUCUGGGCCAAUGGUACGGGAUAUUUGAAGGCAAAGAGUCUCCUCCAGGAAGGGUUGAUACACAUUCCUGUCCUGAGCCCUGCCUGUUUGGUAAAAGUUGACUCACGAUUUGGGAGAAUAUACUGGCUAUCCUGUAGUAGGUUGGACCUGUUUAUGACCACAGUCAGCCAAACUGACAGCGGCUGGACCUCUAAGCAGUUAUAUAAGGCUAGGAGUGAGGUCCUUGACAUGUGCGUUGACUGGCAAAGGGGGAAGCUGUACUGGUUGGAGGAUGGAAAAGUCUUCACUGUGGGCAUGUCUGGUGGGAACGCCAAGGCUGUAAUGAACGUUCAAGGAGAUGUCUCCAGCGUGGUACUGGAUAGGAAAUCCAAUAGCUUCUUCUGGAAUUCUAAUGGCUUGAAGGUGGUGAGCCUCUUAAAGAAGAGACAGUACGCUGCUGCUAGGGGGUGGAAUUUAACUGGUACAGUCAUGGCUGCCCAGGAGCCAUUUUUGGUUUCAUUGCUUGAUAAUGUCAUGGUUCUGUGGGAUCGCAGAACUGGCAGACGUAUGAGGACGGUUUCAGUGGGGAAUGUCCUUGGGGUUGCUGUGUUUGGUCCUGUGGCUCAAGAUAAGAACACCCCUCCUGCGUAUACCUUGGUCUCGGGCCAGACCCCGUCCAUGUCCUCCAUACGUCAAAAUGAAAGUGUCACCAACAGAGAUGUUUCUCCUACCCAGACAGUGAGCUGCAAAAGUCCGUCAGUUUUGUGUCAAGGGACACGUUUGUGCCUGACCCCAAAUCAGCUCUGUGAUGGGCAGCUGGACUGUCCAGAUGGGUCAGAUGAGGAAUUCUGCUACAGGUCUUGUAAAGACCAAGCGGACUUCCUGUGCAAGGACAGACGGAAGUGCGUGUCCGGAGCGCUGGUGUGCGAUGGCCAUGUUCACUGUUAUGAUGGCUCUGAUGAGGUGGGCUGUCCCACGGCAGAGGUGGGUGUCCCACAAGUGACCCCACUGAAGUGCCGGUUUGGCUCCCAGCUAUGCCGGAAUGGCAGAGAGUGUGUCCUCUCCAGCCACUUGUGUGAUGGACAGCCGGACUGCACGGAUGGGUCUGAUGAGGAUGGGUGUCCUGUACAGUGCCGCACGGGGCAGUUUCAGUGUGCCCAUGGGAAGAAGUGUAUUGAUAUGGGGCAGGUGUGUGAUGGAGUGGCUCAUUGUCAGGACAGAUCAGAUGAAUUGCAAUGCUGGAAGCCAUCAAAGAGCUGCGUCUAUCGCUGUGACAACCAGACCCGCUGUGUCCCUGAAUCCUUCCACUGUGAUGGGGAGAAGGACUGUCUGGAUGGUACCGAUGAGCUGGGCUGUGACAUGAAUACACGUCCUACUUGGGUCCCUGUUUCAACUCUUGCCACUACUGAGAAGGUCCCCAGCUGUAAAAGUCCAUCCGUAUUUUGUCAAGGAACUUCUUUGUGCAUGACCCCAAAUCAGUUCUGUGACGGGACCCUGGACUGUCCAGAUGGGUCGGACGAGGAAUUCUGCUACAAAGCUUGUAAAAACCAAGCGGACUUCCUGUGCAAGGACAGACGGAAGUGCGUUUCCGGAGCGCUGGUGUGCGAUGGCCAUGUUCACUGUUUUGAUGGCUCUGAUGAGGUGGGCUGUCCCACGGCAGAGGUGGGUGUCCCACGAGUGACCCCACUGAAGUGCCGGUUUGGCUCUCAGCUUUGCCGGAAUGGCAGAGAGUGUGUCCUCUCCAUCCACUUGUGUGAUGGACAGCCGGACUGCACGGAUGGGUCUGAUGAGGAUGGGUGUCCUGUACAGUGCCGCACGGGGCAGUUUCAGUGUGCCCAUGGGAAGAAGUGUAUUGAUAUGGGGCAGGUGUGUGAUGGAGUGGCACAUUGUCAGGACAGAUCAGAUGAAUUGCAAUGCUGGAAGCCGUCAAAGAGCUGCGUCUAUCGCUGUGACAACCAGACCCGCUGUGUCCCUGAAUCCUUCCGCUGUGAUGGGGAGAAGGACUGUCUGGAUGGUACCGAUGAGCUGGGCUGUGGUUUGCAUGCACGUCCUACUUGGGUCCCAGUUUCAACCCUUGCCACUACUGAGAAGGUCCCCAGCUGUAAAAGUCCAUCCGUAUUUUGUCAAGGAACGUCUUUGUGCGUGACCCCAAAUCAGUUCUGUGACGGGACCCUGGACUGUCCAGAUGGGUCGGACGAGGAAUUCUGCUACAAAGCUUGUAAAAACCAAGCGGACUUCCUGUGCAAGGACAGACGGAAGUGCGUGUCCGGAGCGCUGGUGUGCGAUGGCCAUGUUCACUGUUAUGAUGGCUCUGAUGAGGUGGGCUGUCCCACGGCAGAGGUGGGUGUCCCACGAGUGACCCCAUUGAAGUGCCGGUUUGGCUCCCAGCUGUGCCGGGAUGGCAGAGAGUGUGUCCUCUCCAUCCACUUGUGUGAUGGACAGCCGGACUGCACGGAUGGGUCUGAUGAGGAUGGGUGUCCUGUACAGUGCCGCACGGGGCAGUUUCAGUGUGCCGAUGAGAAGAAGUGUAUUGAUAUGGGGCAGGUGUGUGAUGGAGUGGCACAUUGUCAGGACAGAUCAGAUGAAUUGCAAUGCUGGAAGCCGUCAAAGAGCUGCGUCUAUCGCUGUGACAACCAGACCCGCUGUGUCCCUGAAUCUUUCCGCUGUGAUGGGAAGAAGGACUGUCUGGAUGGUACCGAUGAGCUGGGCUGUGGUUUGCAUGCACGUCCUACUUGGGUCCCAGUUUCAACUCUUGCCACUACUGAGAAGGUCCCCAGCUGUAAAAGUCCAUCCGUAUUUUGUCAAGGAACGUCUUUGUGCGUGACCCCAAAUCAGUUCUGUGACGGGACCCUGGACUGUCCAGAUGGGUCGGACGAGGAAUUCUGCUACAAAGCUUGUAAAAACCAAGCGGACUUCCUGUGCAAGGACAGACGGAAGUGCGUGUCCGGAGCGCUGGUGUGCGAUGGCCAUGUUCACUGUUAUGAUGGCUCUGAUGAGGUGGGCUGUCCCACGGCAGAGGUGGGUGUCCCACGAGUGACCCCACUGAAGUGCCGGUUUGGCUCCCAGCUGUGCCGGAAUGGCAGAGAGUGUGUCCUCUCCAGCCACUUGUGUGAUGGACAGCCGGACUGCACGGAUGGGUCUGAUGAGGAUGGGUGUUCUGUACAGUGCCACACGGGGCAGUUUCAAUGUGCCCAUGGGAAGAAGUGUAUUGAUAUGGGGCAGGUGUGUGAUGGAGUGGCACAUUGUCAGGACAGAUCAGAUGAAUUGCAAUGCUGGAAGCCGUCAAAGAGCUGUGUGUAUCGCUGUGACAACCAGACCCGCUGUGUCCCUGAAUCCUUCCGCUGUGAUGGAGAGAAGGACUGUCUGGAUGGUACUGAUGAGCUGGGCUGUGGUUUGCAUGCACGUCCUACUUGGGUCCCAGUUUCAACCCUUGCCACUACUGAGAAGGUCCCCAGCUGUAAGAGUCCAUCCGUAUUUUGUCAAGGAACUUCCUUGUGCGUGACCCCAAAUCAGUUCUGUGACGGGACCCUGGACUGUCCAGAUGGGUCGGACGAGGAAUUCUGCUACAAAGCUUGUAAAAACCAAGCGGACUUCCUGUGCAAGGACAGACGGAAGUGCGUUUCCGGAGCGCUGGUGUGCGAUGGCCAUGUUCACUGUUUUGAUGGCUCUGAUGAGGUGGGCUGUCCCACGGCAGAGGUGGGUGUCCCACAAGUGACCCCACUGAAGUGCCGGUUUGGCUCCCAGCUGUGCCGGAAUGGCAGAGAGUGUGUCCUCUCCAGCCACUUGUGUGAUGGACAGCCGGACUGCACGGAUGGGUCUGAUGAGGAUGGGUGUCCUGUACAGUGCCGCACGGGGCAGUUUCAAUGUGCCCAUGGGAAGAAGUGUAUUGAUAUGGGGCAGGUGUGUGAUGGAGUGGCACAUUGUCAGGACAGAUCAGAUGAAUUGCAAUGCUGGAAGCCGUCAAAGAGUUGCGUCUAUCGCUGUGACAACCAGACCCGCUGUGUCCCUGAAUCCUUCCGCUGUGAUGGGGAGAAGGACUGUCUGGAUGGUACCGAUGAGCUGGGCUGUGAAUCUGUGGACUCUGUUACUCUUCUGGCUCAAUAUUCUGAUGCUGUCACCACAGCAGUGCCAACAAGUUGUAGAAGUCCUUCCGUUUUGUGUCAGGGGACGUCCUUGUGCCUGUCCCCUAAGCAGAUCUGUGAUGGGAAAUUGGACUGUCCCGAUGGUUCAGAUGAGAAGCUUUGCAUUGAGCAGUGUCCUGACACAGAGUUCUCCUGCCAGGAUGGACAGACUUGCAUAUUAAAAACCCUAGUGUGUGAUGGACGUGCUGACUGCCCCGAUGGUUCUGAUGAAAAUCGUUGUCUUGGACAUUCUCCAUGUACUCUGUACUGUGACGGAGGGACCCGAUGUCUAACUAGUGGGCAAUACUGUGAUGGCACUGCAGACUGCCAGGAUGGGUCGGACGAGAUGAACUGCUCCAUGAAAGCAGACUCUGUCCCAGAGAAAAAGACCCUGCAGUGCCGUGUGGGCUCCAGACCAUGUUGGGAUGGCAGUCGGUGUGUCUUGUACAGCCACCUGUGUGAUGGACAGCCGGACUGCACGGAUGGAUCAGAUGAGGAUGGGUGUCCUGAACAGUGCAAUACAGGGCAGUUUCAGUGUGCCCAUGGGAAGAAGUGUAUUGAUAUGGGCCAAGUUUGUGAUGGGGUGGUACAGUGCCAGGACAGAUCAGAUGAAUUGGACUGUUGGAAGCCAUCAAAGAUCUGUGCCCAUCGCUGUGACAACAAGACUCGCUGUGUUCCCGAAUCAUUCCUCUGUGAUGGGGAGAAAGACUGUCUGGAUGGUACCGAUGAGCUGGACUGUGGUGUGGAGGAUUGCAGCCAUCAGGCAUUCCGUUGCCGCAGUGGCCAGUGCGUUUCAGAAGGCAUGCGCUGUGAUGGCUAUGCCGACUGCCGUGACCACUCUGAUGAAGAGGGGUGUCCCAGACCCCCACUCUGCUCCUCAAACCAGCGCUGUUCAAAUAGCCAUGAGUGCCUCCCGAAGGAGUGGAUCUGUGAUGGUGAUGAAGACUGUGAGGAUGGAGCAGAUGAGGCAAACUGCAAAGCUUAUCCAGUGAAAUGUGGGGCAUUGCAGUGGACAUGUGCUUCGAAGACACAGUGUAUUCCCAUGUCCUGGAGGUGUGAUGGGCUGAAGGACUGCAGUGAUGGUAGCGAUGAAGUUGACUGUGGGCAGAAGUGUUACCCUUACCAGUUCAUGUGUGGGACUGGGGAGUGCCUGGAUCUGGCCCUCGUGUGCAAUGGAGUUAACAAUUGUCUGGAUGGCUCUGAUGAAGGGAACACUUGCCUCACUGACACGUGUUCUGGCCCUUCCCGGCCCCCAUGCACAGACAUCUGUUACAGCACGCCCCAAGGCACGCGCUGUGGUUGCAAACCAGGUUUCCAGCUUCAGUCUGACGGCGUGUCCUGUACAGACAUCAAUGAAUGCCAGCAAAGCUCUCCGAUCUGCGGUCACACCUGUCUUAACACGCGGGGCUCCUACCUGUGUCUCUGCUACCCAGGGUACUUUCUGGAGCCUGAUCGCCACCGUUGCAAGGCUAAAGAUGAGCCAGUCUUGUUGGUGUCAUGCCGAUCUGAACUCCUUCUCCUUGGACUCCGGAGUGGGAACUUAGAAGUCCUCCUGUCUUCCAAGACCCCAAUUUUCUCAGUGGAUUAUGACUGGAAGGAAGACAAGGUGUUCUGGGUCAGUCUCGAGGAGGAGAGCAUCAGGUGGAUGUCUCUGGAUCAACAGAUUAAGGGCUUCAUUAUCAAAGGGGUCAAGCCAGAAUGUAUUGCUGUUGACUGGAUAGGAAGGAACCUUUACUGGAUUGAUGGAGUGGCAAGUCAGAUCUUGGCGGUUCAGCUUGAUGGAAAUGCCAAGAAACGUCAAGACUGUGCUGUGGUGUUAGAUGAGGAUUUACAGCAGCCUCAGUCACUGGCACUGCAUCCAACAAAGGGUUUGAUGUUUUGGUCAGAGUUUGGUGCUGCACCGCAGAUAGAACGUUCUGCUAUGGACGGAUCUGAGAGGAAGGUUGUGGUCAGUAGUGGUGUUAGUUGGCCUGGCAGCAUGGCUGUGGACAUGCUUGGGGAACGGAUCUACUGGACCGAUGAGAAGCUGAAGUGCAUCGGGUCUGCUACAUUGGAUGGUGAGAAUAUGAAGAUCUUGCAGCUGACUGAAACUCCCAGCCCAUUCUCAAUGGGAGUCUUUAAUGAGGUGAUGAUCUGGUCAGAUGCAAAAAGGAAGACUGUCCAAAUGGCCCACAAGCUCACUGGAAAGAACCGCAAAGUUGUGUUGAAACAAUCCCGCCAGCCUUUUGAACUCAAGGUGAUGCAUGCCUUGAAGCAGGUGAGUGUGCCCUCUCCCUGUUCCAAUCUGCGCUGCUCCCAUCUCUGCCUGCUGAGCUCCGGGCCUAAGGGUGCAUGCCACUGCCCUGUUGGACUCCUGCUGGCUGCAGACGGUACUACCUGCACAGCACCUGAGGAUUCUGCCUUCCUCAUGCUGUUGUCUCCCAACACAGUCACCCAGAUCCCACUGCAAGGCAUGCAGAGGCCUCCGGUGCGAAUGGAGUGGCCAGAGCACACUGCACUGUCACUGCCGGGUGCCAGUGAUGCAGUGAUGCUGGACCUGGUGCUCGCAGACCGGACCCUAUAUUUGGCAGAUGCAAGUCAUGCAACAGUGGAUGUAUUCAAAAUUGAUAAGGAGAGGCUCCUGCAACGGAGCCCCGCAGUCCGUCUGCCAGCAGGGGACAGUGUGACCUCACUGGCAGUGGACUGGAUCACCCUCAACCUGUAUUGGAGCAGCAGCCAGCAGCCUCGUAUUCACGUGACCGCCGCCCAAAACCGCCACACCAUCACGCUGCUGGCUGACAACCUGCAAGCACCCAGUGCCAUUGCUCUGCACCCCCCAGCUGGCUGGCUCUGUUUUGCUGACCUGGGCCUACCUGGAAGCAGGAGGCAACCCCGGAUAGAAUGUGCCUUCAUGGAUGGCCGGAACAGGACCCUCACCUGGGGCAAAGCAGUGACACCAACCUCCCUUACAUUCUCUCCCCAGGGCUCCGAACUCUACUGGGCUGAUGUUGGCUUGGGAGUCAUCAGCUCCAUUCAGAUCAAUGGCACAAGAUACAAGGAACACAAAACUGAUGGUGGCCUCAUCAUGUCCUUUGCUUGCAGUGACAACAUGCUCUUCUGGGUCACAGCCAAUGACACGGCAAAAGUUUGGUACAGCGAUGGUAUCCAGCUGAAACGGAUGUGGUUUGAAGUGGAGAUUGACGUCAUUGCACUGAAAGUCUACAGCAGGUCUAGCCAGAAAGGAAACAACUACUGCACCUUUGAGAAUGGGGGCUGCCGGCAGCUGUGUCUGCCCUUCCCCAGGGGGCGCACUUGCCGGUGCACCCAGGACCGUGCUGUGGACUGUGAGCCAGGCCCACGCUGCCCAUCUGGUACUCAGCCCUGCAGAGAUGGUUACAAGUGCCUACCUAGAGUCAAGUUUUGUGAUGGGAUUCAGGAUUGCCUGGAUCAUUCUGAUGAGGAGAGCUGUUCCAGGGACGAUGCCACGGGUUCAUUUAAACGCCUAAACGCCGAGUCCUGGGUUACAGAGCAACCCCCAGGCCUCUUCACAAGCUCUGCUCAACCCACACGAGAAAAUGAUGCUCUCCGGGAGCUCGACUCGCAGUCAUGCAAUGCAGAGCUGUGUCACGGCCACGGCCGCUGCGUCUUUCUGACUGGGGAGACUAGCUGUGACUGCAUGUCUGGUUAUGGUGGUCCGUUCUGCGAGAACAAGUUUGGUGGAUCCGCUGCGGCCUUGGUCACCCUGGGCGUUGUCGCGGUCUUCCUCGGCGUUGUCGGAGUCACAUUCUUCAUCUACAAGAAAAGGUCAGCUUGGUUUAUAAGGAUGCUAAGAGUGGGCAAAUCCAGUGAGAAGGAGAAUCUCAUGUCGAGCAUGGAGGCACGUUUGGCCUACUCUCAGUGCUUCUCCAAUGAUCUGUAUGAUCCAGAUGAGGAUCUGGCCAUUUCAGACUGAAGGACUGUCAACUGCUUUGCUCACAUGGUUUGGGAAAUAAAGCCGUUUGUCACUAA